AUGGCGGACCAAAAGGACUGGAAGCCAGAAGACUUUCCCUGUACACUCACCCUCAAUAUACCCUUCCCCUCCGCCCACCUAGCCACCACCGCCCAGCGCGCUCUCUCCGUCGACGCCGAACUCUCACCCCUCGUCCGCCGUGCCUUCUCCCUCACCACGCCGUCAGAAUCUUCAGAACAGAGCGUCCUCCAAGUAGACUAUGCAGCAACCACGAACCGCAUGCUACGUGUCGCGGUAAACGGAUUCAUCGAGAGCAUAGGCGUGGUAAUAGGAGCCAUGAAAGAAUUGGAUACGGAUAUUGUAUACGAGCCCACCAAGGAAGGACUAGAAGGGGUGCAGGGGUUGGAUGCGGCGAAAAGGACGCCGAGCUUGCAGACGAACGGGAAAGAGAAGGAAGUCAAGCGUAGAAGGGUCUAUUAG